AUGACGAGCAACAACGAUUUGACCUUUAUCACAAGCGGAAGUUUUGGUGAAGGCCUUGAGAUGAGAGGAAGUGAUUUAGAUAUUAUGUGUGUAAAUAAAAUAUUUAAAGUUUACGAAAACAUUACAACGGAUAACAAAUCAAUUGUUAUGUAUUUAUUAAUGGAAACAGAUGACGUAAAAGCUGGUUUCACUCAGUUGCUUGUAAAACAAAUGGGUCCUGAAUUUCUAUGUCAAUUUUGUGAGGAACUGAAUGGAAAACAUUAUUUUUCGAGCACAUUAUACAAACACGAACUCUUGCGGAAGGCAAAUAAUGAAUGUGUACUUCAUGGACCAUGUUUAUCUGACAAAAAAGGAACAAGUGACUAUGCAAUGUGCAUUCAUCGCACAACAUGGAUACCACAAGCAUCACAGUGGAUAACAAGAUCAAAUAACUCAUGGCCAAGUUAUAAGGUCAAACAAAGUAUUAUAAAACACGGAGUACUCUUUGUACCAGUAGGAGUAAAGGGAUCACCAAAAGAGGAUAUAGAAUGGCGAAUUUCUUUUUCUGUUGGUGAAAAACUUCUAAUAAAUACUUUUACACACACUAAAUUAAUAUGUUAUGCCCUCCUGAAAAUUCUUUUGAAAGAUGUAAUAGCAACGGAAUCCGAAUGUGAAGAUUUACUCUGUUCAUAUUUCUUGAAAACAAUUAUUUUCUGGAUAUCAGAAGAAUUACCACAAUCAAUAUGGAAACCUGAAAAUCUGAUACCUUGUUUUAUGCGAUGUUUGAGAAGACUGAUUUAUUCUGUUGACUAUUCAAUCUGUUUACAUUACUUCAUUCCAGAAAAUAACAUGUUUGAGAACAAAAUAGAGGGACAUGCUCGUAAAAUACUGUUAGAUAAACUUUAUAAACUGCAUAGUUACGGAUGGCGAUGCUUGUUUUUUUCAGAUCAAUUAUCUGAUUUUCAGGUAUCAAUGUGGAUGAAUCCUAUCGAACCACAUACAUUGCAUACUAUCGAGUUUGCAAAAAUUGUUAAUUCAAAAUUAUUAUAUUUGGCUUUCAACGUGUUUUAUGCUUUUGAGGAUUACACUUAUUUAUACCAAAGAGGAAUAGAUCAGACAGUUUCCUGUCACCAAUCUGCACUCAAGUACUUAAAUACAUACGUCUUGUCAGUGUUGUGUGGACAAUAUGCGCAGUACGUUCAACUGAAUAGUUCUAGAAAUAGUAAUAAACAUCAAUACAAACAAUACAAAUCCUGUCUUUGUACUCUCCUGCACAAUAUUUAUCAUGACAGUGUAUCUGGAUGGCUGAUGUUAGCUUCGUUUUUCUAUAAGGUAAAACAAUAUAGUAAUGCAUUACACAUCAUCGCAUAUUCGAUAUCGAAAUGUACCCCCGAAAAAAUAUGCCGCUUUAUGGAUAUGUCGGGUAGUCAUUAUCGAUUUUCCGACUUGCAAUUAUCCAAGAAAACAAGUAUCGUACAAUUAUGGAAAAUAAUGCUUAUCGAUAAUCUGACAUUUGCAAGAAACUCUGGGCUAAUACCAAUUGAACUACAAAUGGAAGUGGAACAUAAAGAAUAUCGUAUUUCCUCUAUAGUUUAUGCUUAUUUUCUAAAAAUAUUAUGUCAUUAUCAUCUCAAUAAUGUCAGACAAUGUCAGGAUUGCCUACAAACUUUACAAAUUAUUAUAGAUGAAAGCUAUUGUAUGGAAAGUGACAUAAUGUUUCAAUCUGAAUCCUACAAAAUUCUUGGAAUAGCUUUACAAUUACUUGGAGACAGUGAACAUGGUGAAUCCGCCCAACAAGCAUUUAUGCAGUCAGUUGAACUAGAUCCGGAUCAAAGAUAA